AUGGCUGCUCAGGCUAGCGAGGAUCUCAAGAAGCUCGACCUGAACGGCCAGGCCGGCGACUCAAAGGCCGCCGCCGCCACCGCGGGUCAAGCUGAAGCCGGAGAGGCGGAGGAUGAUUCAGACGACGACGAGGUCGACGGAAACGCUGCCCCCGAGGGAGCCGCCAGCGGAGCGGCCAAGAAGAAGAAGAAGCGCAAGCCGAAGAAGAAGAAGAAGGGUGGCGCCAAGGUGCAGAGCUCGCCGCCGCGCGUGCCCAUCUCGCAGCUUUUCCCCAACAACCAGUACCCGGAGGGCGAGAUCGUCGAGUACAAGAACGAGAACUCGUACCGCACCACCAACGAGGAGAAGCGCUACCUCGACCGCAUGAACAAUGACUUCCUGCAGGAGUACCGCCAGGGUGCCGAGGUGCAUCGCCAGGUGCGCCAGUAUGCGCAGAAGAACAUCAAGCCUGGCCAGACCCUCACCGAGAUCGCCGAGGGCAUCGAGGACGCCGUCCGCGCGCUGACCGGCCACCAGGGUCUGGAGGAGGGCGACAACCUCAAGGGCGGCAUGGGCUUCCCCUGUGGUCUGAGUAUCAACCACUGCGCCGCCCAUUACACCCCCAACGCCGGCAACAAGAUGGUUCUGCAGCAGGGCGACGUGAUGAAGGUCGACUUUGGUGCACACCUCAACGGCCGGAUUGUCGACAGUGCCUUUACUAUGGCUUUUGACCCGGUGUAUGAUCCGCUUUUGGAGGCUGUCAAGGAUGCCACCAACACCGGUAUUCGCGAAGCCGGAAUCGAUGUCCGCAUGAGCGAUAUCGGUGCUGCCAUCCAGGAGACCAUGGAGAGCUACGAAGUCGAAAUCAACGGGCAGAUGCACCCCGUCAAGUGCAUUCGAAACCUCAACGGUCACAACAUCGACCAGCAUGUUAUUCAUGGCGGCAAGAGUGUCCCCAUCGUGAAGGGUGGGGACCAGACGAAGAUGGAGGAGGGCGAAGUGUUCGCCAUUGAGACUUUCGGUAGUACCGGAAAGGGUUAUGUGCGAGAGGAUAUGGAAACCUCCCACUAUGCGUUAGUACCGAACGCUACCCCGGUGCCGCUGCGACUGUCGUCGGCGAAGAACUUGUUGAAUGUGAUCAACAAGAACUUUGGAACUCUUCCGUUUUGUCGUCGGUAUCUUGACCGGUUGGGCCAGGACAAGUAUCUCCUUGGAUUGAACAACCUGGUGUCGUCUGGCAUUGUCCAGGACUACCCGCCUCUCUGCGAUAUCAAGGGCUCCUAUACCGCCCAGUUUGAACAUACGAUCGUCCUCCGUCCUACCGUGAAGGAAGUGAUCAGUCGUGGCGACGAUUACUGA